AUGACUGCAGCAGUAAGUUAUCUAGGUGCGAAGUGUUUGGUACUUUCAACCUACACGAUUGAAUCUCCAAAAUACAGGGUGGUAUACUUAGGAUCUGAUUUUGAAAUAAGAUUGUACGAAGAAAUGUCCUGGAUGUCUGCUCUUGCUCAUGGGACUUCCUUUCAGAAUUCCACCAAAGAUGGUUUUCACAGGUUGUAUCAGUAUCUUCAUGGGGCUAACCUUAAUGGUACCCAGUUUUUGAUGACUGCUCCUGUCGUAACCAGCAUCACUCCAUCACCCCAAGGGUCUGCAUAUAUUGUAAGGUAUUAUCUGCCCUCAAAAUAUGACAAGACGCCCCCUCCACAGCCAUACACUGAACUGAAUCUGCAGUUGGACAAGUGGCAGAGUCAUUGUGUUGCAGUCAGAAAGUUUCCUGGAUAUGCCAGGGACGAUAACAUCGACAAGGAAAAAGAAGCUCUCGUUUCUAGCCUUUGGCCAGGAUUAAUGGAGGCAGUGGAAAACAAGUAUAACUACAGCAUUGCCCAGUACAAUGCUUCAAGACAUCCCACAGGGCGCGUAAACGAGGUGUGGAUGGAUGUAUCAGGUUUCACCACAGAAGGCUGUCCAGCCUAG